AUGUCCCAAUCCACUCCUCAACCCGCUCACGAGCUAUCCAACACGCGCCUGAUCGUCUUGGGCGUCGGAAUGCUGAUCACAUACGCACUAGGUUCCGCGGGCAUCCUGGAGACCUCCUUCGCGCUCCCAAUGAUACAGCGCGAGCUGGGUCUCGCCACUGGCGACGCCCAGUGGAUCGCAUCUUCCACUGUCCUCAUCUGGCGGGGCCUCCUGCUCGGUCUUGCCGGUCAUCUCGUUUGCAAUCUCGCGGCGGUCUUCAUGCCAAAUCUCGCCUCCCUCAACGUCUUUCGCGCACUGACGGGAGUCUGCCUCUCCUUCAUGUACCCUGCGGCUGCAGGGAUAGUCGGCGUACUCUAUCCUGCUGGUCGGCCGAGAACCCUAGCCUUCGUGGGAAUCACCUGUGGCGGUGCCGCGGGGGCAGCAGGUGGUCAGCUCCUGGCGGGUGCAUUCCUCGAAUAUCUACAAUGGACGUGGCGCGCCUGCUAUCUAUCUCUCGCAGUCAUGUCCCUCUUCCCCCUCGCGAUAAACUACUUUCUCGUCCCCGCCGAUCAGCCGCUGGAGACGCUGAAGACCCUCCGCCUGACGUCCCCUCAGGGCUGGAAGGUAGCUUACCUCCCUGCGUUACUGGUUAUUGCAGCUACACUCUUCGUCGGCUUUGUCUUUCGCCAACGCCAAUUGUCCCUCACCCACAGUCCACCACCCCUCAUCCCCGCCACGCUCCUCACGCGCAAGAACCGAGACAUCAUCGCCAUCUUCCUCGCCGCGUUCGCAACUUGGGCAUCUACCGACUCCAUCUUUGUCGGUAUCAGCUAUCUCUACUUUGAUAUCCUCAAGCUGCGCCCAUUCGAGGCUGGACUCAAGCUCAGCGUGACCUUCUUCAGCGGGACCGUCGCAGCUGUAUUAGUAGCCUUGACAAUCAGUCAUGUCCCGCCUCGCCUCUUGAUCUUCGUCUGCUGUGCCGUGUCAUCUGUAUCUUCGAUCCUAUUCGCAAUCCGCGAUGUCGGGUGGGCAUACUGGAAGACCGAUCUUUGGGCGUUCCUAGUAAUCGCCUACGGUACUGAUGCGUGA